AAACAGUUCCUGAUCAGGUCUCCUCCUGCCAGCGACCGGGUGGAGAUGAGGGCUCCGCGGGCCGGCUGGGGGCCCCCGGCGGUGCUGCUGCUGCUGCUGCUGCUGCUGGCUUCAGGCUCCGCGCAUGGAUACAAACCUGUGAUCAUCGUCCACGGCAUCCUGGACGGACCCGAACAGUUUAAAAAUCUCUCAGGCUUCAUUAAUGAGGUGCAUCCAGGUACGGAGGUGCAGAUAAUCAGUCUGUUCAACGACUGUGAGAGCAUGAAGCCGUUGUUGAUUCAAGUCCCAGAGUUCAGGAAGGCCAUUGAGAAAAUCAUGAACGCGCGUCCUGAGGGAGUCCAUGUGCUGUGCUUCUCCCAAGGUGGUUUAGUCUGCCGAGCAGUUCUGUCUACGACUCCAAAUCACAACGUUCACACCUUCAUCUCCCUGUCGUCGCCCCUGGCUGGACAGUACGGAGACACAGAUUACCUGAAAUGGUUACCUGGCUGUGUAAAGAAGACCGCUUUUCUUUUCUGCUACAACAAAGUGGGGCAGCACUUUUCGUUUUGUGACUACUGGAACGACCCUCACCACAGAGCCCGCUACCUGAAGGGCAACACCUUUCUGCCUCCGAUUAACGGUGAAAUACCUCACCAGCACCUGAAAGAUUGGAGAGAAAACUUCCUGCGUAUCAAGAAGAUGGUGCUGAUUGGAGGACCAGAUGACGGCGUCAUCACUCCAUGGCAAUCCAGCCACUUCGGUUUCUACGACUCUAACGAAGACGUUGUGGAGAUGAGGAACCAGGCGUUUUAUAAAAACGACACGUUUGGUCUGAAGACGCUGGACGCCCGCGGCGACGUGUCGGUGUGUGUUCAGUCCGGAGUCAAACACACACACUGGCACAGCAACUUCACCGUGUUCAAAACCUGCAUAGAGAAAUGGCUCAUAUGAAAUGACUCAGCAGCAACACAGACGCUGGUUGGACGUUCGAUUUGCCCCAAGAUUAUUUAAAACAUGUCGUCUUUAAUAGCAGUUUAUGCUAAAAGAGAAAUUAUAAAAAGAUUAUGAGGCUCAACAUGGAGAAUGAGGUAAAAUAUUACAACCCAAAAAGUAAUUGUCCUUCUUUCCCCUGAAGUCUGUAAACACUUUAAUAUUUGUGUUGUUUAAUUUUUGCUCCCUGUAACUUUAAUAUCCCUCCUUUCUACAGACAGACCAGAAAAAGAUUGCAUAUGUUAAUGUGAAACUAAUGUUUUAACUGAAACUUUAAGGGCUUUUACAAACAUCCUCAUUGUUUGCAGACUAUAAUCUAUUUUAAUAUUACUCAUGCUCUCCUAAUAAUCCCACGUUCUCCAGAAAGUUAAAAUAAUUAUUUUAGCAUGUUUUUGUUUUUUUGUUCCAGUUUUAUUGUAACAAAUGUCGCAUGUUGCAAUAAACCCUUCAGACGUCCGGUA